UGAGCUAACCGCCAAGCCGCGAUAAAGUUACAAUGUGUUUUUGGGGCCGCCCCUCUGUGGGAGAAGGGCCCCCCCAACGAGGGGGGAGGGAGAGGGGGGAGAAGCGAAGCAAAGCAAAAGGGAAAGGUGGACGACGACAGCAGAGAUGGCAGGACAAGAAUUCAUUUUCCCGCACACGUUCGGGCAGUGAUCUCCAACCGCGAGAGCGCGCGCCGAUUCCGCUCGCGACGCACUGUCGUUGCAUCCCUCCUCUGCUGCGGAGGGUCGCCCCCUGUGCAGCCGUUCUCACGAACUUUCUCCCCACGGGUUGGGGUCUUCGUUCCUGGGGUUCUGCUGCGAGUUUCAGAAGUCAUCCCAAGCGGAUGCGCCUCUGUAGUCUCUCCUUCGGGGGUUCUCGCGGACGCUCUGCACACAUCCCUCACCCCCCUGCUUCGGGGGUUCUCGCGGACGCUCUGCACACAUCCCCAAAAACAAACCUUCUUUCACAGAAGGGCCGAAUUGCCACUUUAUUUCGGCACAUGGAUUAUCCAUCGCGACGUAUGCGGGGAGUUAGACCCGAUCCGACUCCCCCGCCUUCCGCAUCCCUCAAAAGCCCAUCCACCUCGACCCGAGAGCAUGUUCUGGCACUUACUGCGGCGAGAACGCGGCGGAAUGCAUCACAGGAGGCGGUCAAUACCUUCAGCCCGUCCGGCGAGAACGCGGCGGAUGCCAGGAUAGGGCACCGACGUUGCCCUCCAGCGUGCACAGGCACUGGCCAGACUCUGCGCGCCAGGUCUUCGGCGUGCAAUCACACGAGGCGGUCAGCACCUUCAUUCCGUCUGACGAGAACACGGCGGACACCACGAUUUCGUCGUGGCCCUCCAGCGUGCGCAGGCACUGGUCGGAGUCCGCGCGCCAGAUCUGCGCCGCGCGGUCUUCAGAGGCGGUCAGCACAUGCCGCCCUGGGGCCACCACCAGCGCAAGCUAGCUGCUGUAGAGCAGCUGCGCCUCCCCGAGGAGCACUCGCCUCCGGCUGCCCGGCGCGCCACCCUGCGUGGGCGUCCCCGCGAGCACCCGACAUCCCGCUGCUCCAAUCCUUUCGAUGCGUGGGCCCCGGAGCUCCGGACCGCUUCCCCGGGGCCGGCUUUUCGCCCCGCGUCGCUUCCUGACCGUCCCGAGGCCCGGCGAGGGCCCCCGGAGGCCGAAGUUGGCCCCCAGCGCCAGACAUCCGACGUCUCGAUGUUUUCCAAACGCAGCCCCCGACCUCCCGACCACUCCCCUGGGACCGG